UCCUCCACUUCCAUUUCGCAUCCCCUCCUUCUCCUCCACUUCCAUCUGAAGCUCCAUCGUCUUCACUUUACUCGGCCGCAAGCAGCAAGGCUUUCAGAUCUCUGGCAGAUCAACUUUCCACCAAUCUUCGCAGAUCUCUGGCAGAUCAACUUUCCAUCAAUCUGCGACUACGCUGAAAGUUCCUAGGGACACCAUCCACACAUAACGGGCUCGGAGAGAGUUCGAGUCGCAGCUGUACGUGCACAACAAGGACGGUCAAAAUAAAAAUUGCUGCUUUUUCUUGUCUUUGCGUUUUUUUUAAAAGGAGGAACAAAACCCCCGGCCUCUGCAUCAAUCGAUGCAUGCAGCCAUCAGGUCUUUGCGUAAUAGGAGUAUAUAGGGAAAAGAACCUACCGACUACAAAUGGACCACAAAGCUACUACCGCACUACGAGACCUAGAGCAUAUAUUAGUCGAGGAAACAGCUGAGCCCAAGGCCCUGCCAUUAUCACUUUUGGAGGACAUCACAGGUCAUUUCUCCGAUGACAUGGAAAUUGGACGCGGUGGAUUUGCAGUGGUUUAUCAGGGGAAAGUUGCCGAUAAGAAGGUUGCCGUGAAGAGGCUGUCAAAAGCUUAUAUGCAUGAAAAAGAAUUUGACCAAGAGAUUCAGUGCCUGAUACGGGCAAAACACAAAAAUGUAGUAAGAUUCCUGGGAUAUUGUGAUGACAGACAAAGAAAUAUGGAAAGAUGCGACAAAAAACUUCUCAUGGCAGAUGUCCACCAAAGAUUGAUGUGCUUCGAGUAUAUGCCUAAAGGGAGUCUUGAUAACUAUAUCAGUACGACCAUGUGGCCUCUAACUUUUCUCUUUAUUUUCUUCAUGUACUACAAAUUGCGUAACGUGUCGUACAAGUAUAUAAGAUUCAUUAUUCAAAAGUUAACACAUCAAGCAUCUCAAAUUAUAAACCCGGUUUCUCCUCUCCCCUUGAUAGAUACACAUCUUGAGUGGGAAACGUGCUACAAAAUAAUCAAAGGGAUCUGCGAGGGCCUGCAAUACCUUCAUGACAACCGUAUUAUUCACUUGGAUCUGAAACCCGCCAAUAUACUGCUCGACAAUGACAUGGUACCAAAAAUAACUGAUUUUGGCCUGUCAAGGUGCUUAGAUGAAAAUCAAAGCCAAGUGCUUACCAAAACUGUAUCAGGAACAACGGGAUAUUUGGCCCCAGAACGUUUUCAAGGGAGUGGAAUCAAACCCAGCGGUGACUUGUAUAGUCUUGGUAUUAUUAUCAUGGAAAUACUGACCGGACAGAAGGCGCAUCAAACUAUUGAGGAUGUAUUUGAAAGUUGGACUGAUAGGUUGGAGAGAUCACAACAAGACACAGUCUACGGACAAAUACGUGUAUGCUACGAGAUAGCUUCAAAUUGCACACAGUACCAUCCAAAGGACAGACCAGCUAGUGCACAAGCCAUAAUUGACAGGCUUCACGAAAUGGAGAGGAUCCAGGUAUGUUGAAAAUUUAUUCCUUCAAUUCCGAGUUACUACAUAUAUAUACCACUCGGAUCCUUGCACUAGAACAAUUUGUGCUGCUAGAGUAUGGGCUUUGGUGCUUGAGGAACAGAGCCAGCAGUCCCAUGACGCUACUUGCUUUAGUCGCACAUCCUUGUUACAACACUGAAACCUUUUUCGCGGUAACUAGCCACUGGUAACUGGCUACUAGUAUUGUGCGCCUUAUUACGAGUGGCGGCAUGGGUCUGAACUUGCACACCACCAGUAAGUAUUUGUGGAUUUAAUUUAAAAAAUAGUGCAAUUCAUCCAUACAUCCACAUAUAUACAUGCAGUUCAUCGAUACAUCCAACAUAAAUAAAGUUUAUUCAUCCAGUAUACAUACUGUGCCGUAAUCCACUAGUCUCAUGCGCCCGUCGCACGUCUUGUCUCCACCGCGCAUAGAGGUCAUCGUCUUCGUCGUUGCCGCACCUAGUGGUAAUUCGUAUGAUUGAUGAUGCAAAUAACUGCAGCAAUGUCAGCCAUAUAAUUGAUGACGUAGAUAAUGCUUAAACUUUCAUACAAUGCCAAAAAGCUCCAAUGAAUACAACAAUCUCGAGAACUAACAAGACCAAAGUUUCCAAAGUUCUCUUCGCAAUGCACAGCUAAUGAAGCAAAGACAAUAUUGUACAAAUAAAUUAUAACUAGAGGUUUCUUUGUCUAGAAAGAAAAUGGAACCAAAAAUAAAUCGGAAGCAAAAACACACAACGGUGCAUGCAACAUUAGCUAAGUGUAAACCCAUUAGCAUCAUGGUUGUCAACAUCAGAGAAAGAGGUGCUAGCACAUGGAUCUACAAAACAAACAUGACACCCCUUUACCGUGAAAUCACAGAUAAUAUCAAGAAAAAUUAUUGCAAGAACAACAUACAUGGAAAUAGUUUAGUAAUAAGGUAACUAAUAACAGAAAAUAGAGGAAAAAUUAU